UGGGGAGGUGGAAGUUGGGGUGGGGAAAGAACUGCAUCAGAAAGCAAGGCAGGAGAAAGCUAGGGAAGAGACAGUCAGAAAUGGGCUGAGUUUUCUCAGAGUCCCAUCGGAGGAGACCUGGGGGAACUUGUCACUGCUAGGAUCUCAGCUUCUCCAGCGCAGGACGGUCCAGGCCAGCUCUGGGUUACAAUUCCCUCCAAGAGUCUGGAGCGAACGCUGGCGAGCGCGGACACCUCCGACUCCCGUGGGAGCGCAGCGCUAGGGCGGGGCGAGGUCCUCCGCGCGCGCUUGGCGGCGGCUGGCGGGGGCCGGGAUCUCCGCUCUCCCGGGCGCCCCAGCCUUGGCGCACGCCUCCGCUCUCGCGCACCCCCUCCGCAGGCACGCGCGAGGCGCACCCCUCCUUCCCCGGGCGGCGGCGGGCGCGCGCCCGGCCCCCUCGCCUCCGCCCCUCGGCGCCGGUCCUCUCUCCCGGCAGAAAGUUAGCAGCAGGGAAGGAACUCGGGGCUGCGGGAGCGGUAGCCGCGGCAGCGCGGGGAGAGCGGGGCGCUGCGCACGGAGCAGGUGCCGCCGCGACUAGGCGCCCCCCUCGGGCUCCUGGCCUGAGGUUGAGGGGGGCGGCGGGGGCUCGCGAGGGGAGGGGGCCAUGCGUCCGGGCUUGUCCCCGGCGCAGCGGGACGGCAGCCAGGGCCGGGGGCGCAGCGGCGUCGCUCCAUGCAGCCGGGGCGGCUGGGCGGCGGCGGCGGCGGCGGCGGGGGCGGCGGCUGAAACCAUGUCCGGGCAGCGCCGGGGGCCGCCGCCGCCGCGAGCCGGGAGCCGCGAUGGCCCGGUGGCCCGCACCGCCUCCGCCUCCGCCGCCGCCGCCGCCGCUCGCCGCGCCGCCGCUGCUGCCCGGCGCCUCCACUAAGGGGCCGCCGGCGCGCAAGCUGCUCUUCAUGUGCACCCUGUCCCUGUCCGUCACCUACCUGUGCUACAGCCUGCUGGGCGGCUCGGGUUCGCUGCAGUUCCCGCUGGCGCUGCAGGAGCCCCCGGGAUCCGCCGCGGAGCCCCCGCCGAGCCUGCUGUCUCCCUCGCUGCCGCCUCCCCGCGUGCGCCCCGGCGCCUCCUCGCCGCCGCCGGACAACGCGAGCCGCGGGCCACCGCCCGAGCCCCCCGAGCGCUUCACGACUCCUGCGGCCGACGGCUGGGGACUGGCGAGCGGCGGCGGUGCUCGGGACGCCUGGCCCAGGAGCCCGCCUGCCCCCGGAGACGCGGUCACAGAGCAGGACGCGCUGUUGGGGCGCGGGGCGCAGGAGCCAGGCGCAGCCGAGGAGCUGGAAGGCCGGAGGGCGGCCAACGGGAGUGCGGAACGGGGCCCCGCCAGCACCCCUGAUUAUGGGGAGAAGAAGCUGCCCCAGGCACUGAUCAUCGGGGUCAAGAAAGGAGGGACACGCGCGCUGCUGGAGGCUAUCCGAGUCCACCCGGACGUAAGGGCAGUGGGCGUAGAGCCGCACUUCUUCGACAGGAACUACGAGAAGGGGCUGGAAUGGUACAGGAAUGUUGCAGGAGGGGAACAAGGGUUCUAAGCAGGAAGCUACCUCAUCUGUCUACACGUGUUCGUUGUUGUUAAUCCACGCACGUUUCCUGAAUUCCUCCAGGUAAUUGGUUUUCUGGGAUGUUGCACUCCAGGGAAUGCCUGAAAUACAGGACGAUUCCUCUUAUCAUAAAGUUAGAUUAAGAAGUUUAAUUUACAGAAACUAUUAUACAGCAUGGAUAUCAAAUGUCCUGAGUGCAGACUGCAGAAGGUUCCAGAGAACUCUUGGGCAGCCUUAAUCUGCAGAACUCUCCCCUGACUUAUGAACACUGGAGCUUUUCUUUUAAAUCCUGAAACAACAUAAAGAGUAAUGGGGCAUACCUGCUUUGUCAGACUACCCUGCAGUUAAUCAACUCUAGAAGUGACCAGCAGAUUCUCUUAUUUGGUUCUCAAUUGGCCCAUCAUCUUCCCCCUUCUUCUCUCCCUGUGCACACCUUGGCUAUAAUUCCCAAGCUGGUAUAUACAUAUAUCACCUUCUAGUUGCUCAUCCAUCCUGCUUUUUGGUCCUUUGUGGUAGGCAGAGUAAUAGUUACUUGAAAUAUCUUUAUCCUAACUCACAAGAUACAUCAGAUUUCAUGGCAAAGGACAAUUAGGUUUCACAUGGAAAUAAGAUCAUGUGCUAACUAGCUAACGGAAUGACAGAUUGGCCCAUAUCUUUUGGAUGAACCCAAUUAAUUACAAGAAACCUCAUAAAUGGAAGGGGAGGUGGUGAGAGAACCAGAGACACAGAACGUGUGAGGAAUCCGGUCAACUAUGCAUGGCUUUGAAGACAGAGGGAAGGGCUAUGAGCCAAGGAGUUUUUGCAGCAUCCAGAAUCAGAGAAAACACAAGGAAGUAGAAUUUUAGCAUCUUCAGAAGGAAGGCAGCACAGUGACACUUCUGUUGAAAUCCGUCAUAGACUUUGGCCACAGGAACAGUAAGAUAUAUUUACAUGGUGUUAAGCCUCUAACCUUUCGAAUAUUUAUUAUAGUAACCAUAGGAGAUGAGUACACUUUGUUCAGGUGUGCCUAGCAGUCGCCAAAACACUUUGAUUCUUUCUUUCUCUCUCCCUCUGGUUUUUCUUCUUUUCUAGAAAAAAAAAAAAGUCAUCUUCAGGGCCUUCUGGUUCUCUUCGCAAACAGAUGGAGUGGGACAGUGUAUGAACACACAGUAUUUCCAGAAUGUAAAAGUAAGAGUGGCUGAUAGAAGCUAGGGGUUUCUGUCUCUUGUUAGGUAGUGAACAUUGUUCUUCAGAAAGCAUAGGUGCACAAGCAUCAGCCACCCAGAAACCCAAGUCUGAAAUGAAGCUCAAGGGGACGACAGGAGCACAAAUUUGAAUACCAACCCAUUCACACACCAGCCAGUGUAGGCGGAGGCCCCAGGUGUAUGUGCACCUCAAGAUCACUUGGGUCCACAUCCCUUUCUUCUUGUUGCUCCACCAUCCCCAAGGCAGCUUGUUCAGCUUGGCAGAAUCUGUAGCCCAGCCCUACCUUCCUGAUGCAGAAGUUUGCAUCUCAGGGAGAUGUGUUGCUGCUGACUGGUAGCAGGAUUUGAACUGGGAACUAGCGUUCUACAACAGUGGUUCUCAACCUGUGGAUGGUGACCCCCAAAGUCCGUCAGAAAAUACAGAACAUUCACAGCAGUAGCAAAAGUACAGUUAAGUAGCAAUGAGAAUAAUGUUAUCAUUGGGGGUCACCACAGCAUGGGAAGCUGUAUUAAAAGGGUGCAGCAUUUGGGAGGUUAAGAAAUAACUGCCUUAGAAUGAAGUCUUGCAGCCCUGGUACUGGUGACGUUUGAGAUGGGCCCAAAGACUCUUGUGUACUUACCAACAUUUCUGGCAUUACUCACUGUAUGCCAGUAGUACUUCCCCUUCAGUCAAGGCAGAUAAAAAAUUGGCUCCAGACAUUGUCACAUGUCACCAUGAAGUCCCAAAUUGCAUCUAAUCGAGGUUUUCCUUUAUUUCCUGGGACUUCACUCCCUCCACACUUCACCCUCAGAAAGGAAGGGGAUCAAUUUAUUUUUGCACAAAGAUCACACCCAUAACCUCAGGCCUCAUUCUAGUGUCAAGAAUUCAGUUGCAAGGCUUCUCCUAGCUGCAAAAAGAGCCAGGGAAGGCAUUUGAAGGGCUCUGUGCCUAAGGAGGGGCAAAUGAGUAUAGGGGCAGCCAGAUGUCUCUACGGGAGCUUGCACAAGCUUAUGGUUGUAGUCUUUCUCCCUCUUUCCCUCUCCUUCUCCCCAUCUCUUGCUCCCUUGUCCUCAACAUCUCUAUUGCUAUCUCUCUGUACUCGGGGUCAAGUCAAAGAACUUGUGCGUGACAUCAGUGUGCUACACCACAGCCUGCCAUGUCUCUUUUAAUUCCCUUCUGCCAAGUUGGAAGGAGAAAUAAAUUAAGCAUGCAUGCUCAUGCAUGCAUGUGUGUAUGUGUGUAUAUUUGUGUGUGUUUGUGUGUGUGUGUCUGUGUCAUGUGUCUGUAUGUCUGUGUGUAUCAGUAUCUAGUAGAAAUCACAGGACAAUUAAGAGAACAUGUAGCAUUUACCUAAUCAAUAUAUUUUUAUAUCAAGGAUCCUGUGCCCUCUGAACUUCCACCAUCAAUACAGAUCUUGCAGAUAUGUGUCCUAAGAGGUGUGUCUACCCACCUACUGAGCAUUGGCUUUCCCUUUCAGAUUUGUGCCUCCUCUGUGCCAACCACAUUUUGUUAGUAAAUGAAAACUAAGUGGUUGUAUAAAUUUUCACAAAAUGAUUUUCAGAAGAAGAAAACUAAGUUUCUUAAAUAUUUGUAAACAUGGUAUAAUGAAAUGCAUGUGUUUGGUAAGCAUACAUGUGUAUUUAAUUGUACAUAGGCAAAUAUAUUGUGUGUAUUUAUGUAAGACAUAUAUAUAUACAUACAUAUAUAUAUAUAUAUAUAUAUACAUGUAUGUAUAUGUUCUCAUAUAUCUAUCAGCCAUGUAUCUAUAUACCUGUGUAUCUACAUAUGUUAUAUAUGUAUGUAUGUAUGUAUGUACAUUAUCUGUCUGUCUGUCUAUCUGACACCUUUUGCCUUGGUGUGACCCUUAUCCCUUGUCUACUUGCCUUUCUGCCAUCUGAUUUUAUUCAUCAACCAUGGUAAAUGACUGUUUUAGAGUAUAAAGCAUACCACCCCUUCCUUCCCUUUAAUUUCCAGUUAAGUCCAUGUAGAAGUUCCAGGCCUGGCUGGGACCUGCAAAGCCCUACAAGACUGAUGGAUCCUUUUCUCUGCAGCCACGUUCAUUCACCUCCUCUCUUUGCUCCUGUUUAUACUGCGCUAGCCUGAGAAUCUAAAUGUGACCUACCCAGGACCUUUACCCUUGUUGCUCCCUCUACCUGAAAUUCCUUUCAUCAGUCAAUGGUGUGUCUGCCAUCUUUCCUUCACUGGUGCCUUCGAUUAACCAUCUCAUCCUCCAUGUGGCCUGGUCACAUAGACAUGGACUUAGCUAGCAUUGCUAGUGCUAGGAGCUUCACCCGUGUGAAGUGUCACAUUGCUGUUAACUGCAUCACUGUAGUCUGUAGUUAAUCCCUUCACACUCCAAGUUUUUGUUGUGUUCAUUUUCCCAGUUUUAAUCCCCUUGUCCUGGGAUUUUUUUUGGUUCUAAUAUAGAUUCACAAAAUGACUUUAUCAUUGCUGGGGCAAAGCUAAAAGCCAUUUAUUUAUGUCCCUCUCAAGCUAUCCCUGCUAAUUAAAUACACUGCCACCAGGUGGUGGUUGUAAGAUGUACUGCCUUCAUCCUCCUGCCCGGUUUUAUCCCUACAUCUGUUGCCCCUAAGUCAUAAAUUGAGAGGCAUUUUAAAAGGUUCACGUUAAGGAAACAAUCAGCAGGUAUUGGGACAGAUGUGUAGAAUCCCGUUUAGAAUAAACUCACAGUUGAGUGUCCCUCCUGUCUUCCUUCUGAACCAGAUUGUUCUAUUUGUGCUCAGAUAAAGAAAGAAUACGGUCAGGUCACACACCCUUUGGUAUUAGUGUUCUCCUGAUUCUCAGUGGACAGCAAUGAGCACCCUGUGCUAGCCUAAAUAUCAGUUAAGGUGAUUAACAUUAGAAAAUGUUAUAGUGCUAUACCAGACAUUGAAUGGGUGCCCUCCACUUAAGAGUCUCUGAAAAGUACACAAUCAUUUUAGCCAGUGAGCCCCAUGACCUCACCGGAGUCACUGAGUUCCUUAUUAAGACAACAGUGAGCUUGCUCUCUGCAGGCUGACUGUCAUUCACUCCUGGAUUGUCCCAUUGAAGGCUCUUGCUUUCUUUGGGAGUGGACUUUCCUCUUUCUCCAUAUCUCCGUCACCACGUAGAGAUUUCCCUAAGUCACAGCCCAUUGGAAAACCUCCAGUCACUGUCUGGUAGUGUGCCUUUAGAGAAAACCAUUUUAGUGACUGUGAAUUCACUUUAGACCUUGGACUUGAGGGGGCAGGAUUCAUUUGCUUUAUAGCAUUCAUCAUUCCAGGUAAAAUCUGAACUAAGCAUAAACCCAAAGGAAUUUAAUAAAUAGCUCCUAUAUCUGAGAUGUCCCAGGUGGGGGGAUGGGGAUCUUUAAACAAUUAAUAUAAUACUUUUAUUCUUGAGAAUUUCAUAUGUGCAUCUAUUCAAUAUAUUUUGAGUACAUUCAGCCCCUUACCACCCCCCCACCCCUCCCAGGUCUUCCCAGGGAUCUUUAGUUUUCAAGGUGUGGCUCAAUCUUGGCUUAAUGAUGCCACCAGAUUUUAAUUUUUAGAUUCUGCUGCCGAGGCUGUUGGCUAUAUUCAUAAAACUUUCUGCAUUGUGGCUAUGAAGAGAGCAAUCACCUGAUCCCUUUUCCUAAAUUGUAGGCAGUAGAGACUCCAGUCUCUCCCCAAAGCUCGCUGCCUCUGAGGAGCAGAGAGUGGAGGUCAGGAGUUUUCCGGGCACACAGUGCUGGGAUGCAGGGAUUUUUCCUAGAGCAAAACCAGGAUAUAGUUCUCGGGGGGGUGGGGGAAUGUAUAUGGAUGCCAACACAACAGAUGUCUGCUUCUAGACUUCUGUGGAAAUGCAGUCUUGCACUGCAACACAACCGAGUAAAUCAGAAGCACCGUGGGUUCUGCUGGCUGUGUGCAGACGGAGGCUGGGGCCGGAUUCUCUGUUCUGCUUUUAUCCAGAAGUGAAUUCCAACAGACUCUCAAAAACUCCUCUUCUGUUGCUCUGCUAGGAAGAAGGGCAGGUUGGGAGAAAGAGGGUGGGAAACUGAGAAAGGAGAGACUGGUCCAGUCUUUGCGUUUAAGGUGUUAAGCCCUGGGGGAAAGUUGAAAGAACCCACCUCUAGAAGUCACUGGUUGUUUAUUUAGAAUAUCUUCCAUUUUUGUCACUUCUUUAGCAACUCCUAGCACUGCCUGGGAAAAAUUAAAGGGGCUGUAUAUCUUGCAAGAGAAUUCUUCAAAUACCAAGUAAAUCAUUCACUACAUUAAAUCUUCCUGCCCAGGAUCUCCUCCAGUAGAGAGGAAGAAACAAAUGUCUUGGCGUUUGAUCAGCCUUAAUAUAACAACCAGAUAGCCCAGAAUUUUAGAACAGCCUUGGCUCCGCUGUUUUAUCUUCUUCACUUAAGGUAAGGCUCACAAUAAAGAAUUAAGUGGGAUUUAGUUUUCUAUGAUUUUGUGAGACUUUUUAAUGACGAUAAGCCCCAGUUUUGAGGCAAAGGGAAUCAAACUUGUCAAAUCCAGUGUCUUGGUGUUCUGUUUAAACAGAUGCAUCUUGUGAGUGUGUGGCUGUCUUUAUCCAACAGCAAUGCUACCAUCUUUAGUGUGCCAGAGUGUGAUAGUCUUACAGUCUCUAAGAUCUCUAAGGAUCUUUCUGAAGAGACAUUAGGACUCUCUGUAUUUCUCUCUGUCUGUGUCUCUCUGUCUCUCCUUUCUCCCCCUCCUCUUGUUUCCCCCACCUCUCUCAUU